CUGAACGGUGUGCAGGGGUAUAUAAUGUUUCGGGACCGCCUCCCGGUUCAUUCAGUUUGAGUUCAACACUUUUGGGGAGUGUUUCAACAAUCUGCAACCUUAAGCCACUGUUUAGUCAGGACGCAAACACCCGAUCUCGGGAUAACGAACUGUGCACGUUUAUUGUGAGAAAAGCAUCUUCCACAACAACAACCUCUUGUUGACGAGUCCUCUUGUCUACCAAGGACACGAAGCACAAUCGAAACAUACCAAACUAGGCCGCUUUUGAAUGGGAUCAGCAUGAGUCCUUAUGAAAGAUAUUCGUCUUCCAACAGUACGGUUCCCGUAGUGGACAACAGAAAUUCCAAUGUGGCCCUUCAGGACACGGAUGAGAUCUUCCAGCUGCCAUUGGGUGUCCCUUUGAUUGACACGCCCAACGGACGCGUGCUGUACAUAACCAGACAUGGGGAGAGUAUGUACAACUUGGAGAACAGAAUCGGAGGCAAUCCAUCCUUGUCCAAUCGUGGCCAGCAAUACGCGCAAAAGCUUGGCCAAUACGUGAAUAAGAAUCUCAAAUUUGACAAGGUCUGGACGAGCGAAUUGUCGAGAACCUUGGAGACCUCAGCGCACAUCAAAGAUAUUGAGAAGAAACGGAUAAUGAAACCCGAGCUGAAUGAGAUCAUGUCGGGGAUCUUUGAUGAUCUUUCAUAUGAAGAGUUUAAAGACCAGAGCCCUAUCGAGUACAAAGAGAGGGAACUCAACAAACUCACCUACCGUUAUCCAGAAGGGGAAUCUUACUUGGACGUCUGCAGUCGGAUUGAGCCGGUCAUGUCUGAAAUGGACACUGGAGAGAAUCUGUUGGUCAUCUGCCAUCAAGCCGUGAUCCGCUGCAUCUUAGCUCGCCUCCAAAGGACGCCAGCCAUCGAAAUUCCUUACAUCAAGGUUCCGCUCCAUUCCUUGUUGAAGAUUACUUACCUGAACGGGCAAAAUACGGUGGAGGUCAUCCCGCUCAAUGUGGCCUGUGUAAGUACCUACCGGCCCAAGACGGAUCCGACCCUCUUGAGCGGUCUGGGCGACUCCAAACUCGAGUUGAAGGCCCUCACCAAAGUGUCCUCCGAGUUGAAGAAGACCAGCCUUGAAAGUCCGAAGAUCAACACGAAUAAGCUAAAAGCUGAUGAGCGCGAACAUUAGUUGGAGCCCGCGUAACCUCGCAUCGCCUUCGCUUGACGCAUGCUUUUGUAUACUAUACCUUCUUAUGAGCCAUUGUCAUCCCUUUGAAUGAAAAAUGAUUUGAGAAUGACAUGGAGCGAUACAUUCACCCUUACAAUCCUUUUUUACAUAGCAUUCCUAUAUUUAGAGGUUCACACCUGAACGCAAUAGAACUUCAUUCAGUCACAAGAGUAAGCCAGACGAAUUUGUUGAGCAUUGAGAAUCAUAUUGCCUCAUAUCUCUCAUUCUCCUGAGUAUUUUCAAGUUGCUUUACUUCUUGUGUACAAAAUAAAUAUUGCAUUACUCUGAUCUUUGCUUUCAAAGAUUGUCACAGUAUCCAGUUUACAAUCCUUGUCAAGGAUUUUGAACAAUAAAUAAAGAUAUUAAUCCGAA